AUGUUUCGGCUGGUGGUUUUCUUAGUCUUCACCACUUCCGUCCUGGGAGGGUUCUUGGAUGGUGACCUGCAAUUGGCAGAUGGUGUGAAGUUAGUUAGUAUACCAGUGAAUAGUUUGGAAGAUGAAGGUAGAUCGUUCGGGGAGAAUUCGGUAUUGUUUCGGAUGGCGAAGUUCUUGCAAGGACAUGAAUUGCAUGUCCGAUUGCCGAACUUGAUCGAGAAGGACAAGCUGACGAGGGUCUUGGCGGAAUCUUUGAAGACUGUGGAUGAAUCGAGCAAAGAAAACUCGGCGACCGGACGAGGCAAAGGUGGUGGUGGUGGAGGCAUAGCUCUCCUCGGCAUGAUGUUCGCGAAGGCUGUAGGUGCUGCCGGCCUUGGUGGACUGGGUCUUCUCACUAUGAAGGCUCUGGCCGUAUCUGCAAUGGCACUGUUGCUCUCAGCCAUCGUCGGAGUUAAGAAAUUGGCGUCUCAUGAUGACCACGACGACCACCAAGUCAUCUACGCUGGUCACCACGGUCACCACAGAAGGAGACGGGAUCUGGAUACGCCAUUGCCCUAUCAAGGAUGGUCACAAUACGCACAGAAAAUGUCGUAGAUAUUGAAGAACGGAAGUGACAAUAAUUUUAUUAGUCGCUUAGUCUAACCGGGAAGUCAGUAUACCAAAUAAAUAUCGAAAUUUAACUGACUGGCACACAGUAAUAGAGUAAUACUUUGAAAUAAAAAUAGUACAAUGUUUUGUUGGAAAGUGUUGCGGAAAUUAAAACAGUAAAAGCGGAAAAUUGUAGUAAAAUUAAACAAUAAUAUUUUUACGCGGGCAUUUUUUUUUUGCUCGAACUAAAUAGUGUGUAAUCGAGUGAAAUUAUUAUGAAUUCUCAUCUGUGAGAACGUAAUUAUUACCGAAAUAUUAGACAUGAGUAGCAAUUAUAAAGAAACAACAAACAUUUUUAUGUAUAAUUAAAUUAAAAUCCUCUAUAAAAGUCUACUAAGUAACGACUUUACUCACACUAAUUAGUAAAGGCUAAAAUAAAAGAAAGUAUGUACUAUUUUAAUUUAUUGCAACAGUUCUUAGAAAUAUUGUACUCAUUAUUGUCAGCAGCAAAAACUCAAUCCUCCAUCUACCAGUUGAUCGUUUUAACUAUUCUCGGGAUAUUUCUCUAUCUGCCCAAUACAGUAUGACUAUUAGACUAACGUUAGUUAAGUAAUUUAUUGUAAAUAAUUUAUUUAUGCUCGUUACAAAAUGCGAUUUAA